AUGGCAGUAGUCAACGAACAAAAAGAAAAGGACCGAUUACCGCAGAUCGAUGCUGAAUUGAAGUCUGAAACGAAGUCUUAUAAACUUAUCAAGAUUAUUGGUGAGGGGGGAUAUGGCAUUGUGUUCGAGAGUGUUUGCGCUGAAAGAAGAGUUGCUGUGAAGACGGAAAAGUACAGUAAAUCGAUGCUGCACAUUGAAGCAAGGGUAAUGCGAGCAGCUGCACGACACCGAUGUGAACAUAUCUGCGAAUUACUCGAUUACGUAACACCAGAUUUUGUAUUUAUCGUGAUAACACUUCUGGGUAAAGAUCUUCAUAAAUUACGAAAUGAACAGCUGCAACGCCGAUUCUCAUUGAGUACGUCGAUACGAGUGGGCAUUGAAAGUUUCAAGGCUAUCGAAGAACUUCAUCGAUGUGGUUAUCUAUCGAGAGACAUAAAACCAGGUAAUUUUGCCGUUGGACUCAAAGAAUUUCAACAACACAAAACUAUUUUCAUAAUUGAUUUCGGACUCGCCAAAAAAUAUAUAGACAAGAACGGUAAUCAUAUGGCAUCGCGUGGUGAGGUGGGUUGGCGCGGUACAACUCGUUACGGUUCAUUGAAGGCACACCAGAGACUUGAUCUCGGUCGAAGGGAUGAUCUGGAAUCGUGGUUUUAUCUUCUGGUUGAAAUCACCAGGGGCACACUCCCUUGGCGACACGUCUCUCAACGAACCGGUGUACAAGCAGCCAAAGAGAUGGCACGGAAUGAAGGACGUAUGCAACUACUGCAUGACUGUCCUCGGCAGUACGACGAUAUACUCUCGAUGAUCGAUGCGUUGGUGUUUCAGGACGAACCGAAUUAUGAUGAAUUUCGCAGAUUACUUGACGAGGUACGGAAAGAACAUCGGAUCCGCACGCACGCGCAUUUCGAUUGGGAUGAGGAUGCAACAUCGACGAGAUCAUCAACAGUGACAACAUCAGCAGCGAGUGAAAGCAAUGGUAACUUAGCCGUUAAAGAGAAUAUGACCGCGAGUGACGAAAAAUUAUCAAAUGAUCGAAAUGAACGUUAUUGUGAUAAUCGAGCAAAUGAACAGUGA